CCUGUGCAGCUUGUCAUGUGCAGUAAUAUGCAGGGAGAUUUGUAGACGCCAGAAUCAAGAUUGUCAAGUUAUUUUGAUUAAUCCUGCAGCUGUAGUCUGGGGGUCUUGCUCCUAUAUAGGGCCUGUUACAUGUCUGCACCUAGAAGCCCAUCAUUUCAUUAUCCCAGCCCUAUACAUCAUGUACAUUAUGUGUAUCCGUUUGGGCUUAUGCUCUAACUUUAAAAACUACUUUGGUUAAACAUUCAGAUUGUUUACUGAGAGAUUGGUGGCAUUAAGAUGGAAGUGAGGCCAUCAACCGGUUAUGUUGUGACAUCAGGAACCCGGAGGGAAAAGGCCAGAGAUGACAUCAGAUAAUUAGGUCGGUCUGUUGCUGUGGGCAUCUUCUGUUUUUAAAGUUUAAAACAAGCAGAAGCAGAGUUUCAGUUCAGUUAGGAGGGACUCAGUUUACAGAAAGUGCAUGUUAGGAUUCAUGUGAUGUUAAAAUCUGUGUCUUUUCACAUUGUAUUGUUGUAUUAUACAAAUUUUAUAUCGAGGAAAGGUAUAACACUUUUUACUUUAUCUAUAAACAGUUUUAUUUGUUUUCAUGUUGAUAAAUGAAUCACCGUCAUUGCCAUAGAGUGUCUAUAUAUAUGGUUGAUGAUUUAGCCUAAAGUGUAAACUACACCUUUACAAAUCUAUAACAAACAUAAUAAUUAUGAUUAGUUCAUCCACUGAAUACUGUUAUGAUUGCUUAAUGAACUAAAUGAAGGAUCAUGAACUCUACACAAGUUUCAUAUUUGGCUCUUGUUGCCUACUUUGACACUGGGUUAUUUAAAUAUUUAUACUUCAUGAUUGUCAUGUCUUUAUAUAUGUUAAUAGUUUGUUCCAAUGUUUUUCUCAUUGUGAUUAUCUGUAUGAACAGAAGCUUACAUGAACCUAUGUACCUUUUUCUGUGCAGCCUGUUUGUAAAUGAACUGUAUGGUAGUACAGGGUUGUUUCCAUUCCUUCUGGUUCAGAUCCUCUCUGACAUUCACACUGUUUCUACUUUCUUUUGUUUCCUGCAGAUUUUCUGUGUGCACUUCUAUGGAAGUGUAGAGCUUUUCACCUUAGGUGUCAUGUCUUAUGACAGAUACCUCGCUAUCUGUUGUCCUCUACAAUAUAACACACGGAUGACAUGCAGCAAGGUUGUAGUCCUUACUGCUUUCGUGUGGUUAUAUAGUGUACUUGCAACUGUUGUCAUGAUGUCUUUGAGUGCCACUUUACAGCUGUGUGGAAACAUGAUUCACAAAGUUUACUGUGACAACUACUCAAUCGUCAAACUGGCCUGCUCUGACACAACAGUCAAUAAUAUCUAUGGCAUUGUUUACAUCUUUACCGUAAUAGUUUCUCUUAUAAUCCUAAUUGUUUUCUCAUACAUGAGGAUUCUUAAAAUUUGUUUUUCUGGUUCUAAACAGACCAGAAGGAAAGCCGUCAGUACCUGCACACCUCACCUUGCUUCCCUGCUCAACUUCUCUUUUGGAGCUUUCUUUGAAAUAGUGCAAGGCAGAUUUAAUAUGAGCAGAGUACCAAAUAUGUUGCGCAUUAUUUUAUCAUUAUACUGGCUUACAUGCCAGCCGCUCUUCAACCCUGUACUGUAUGGACUGAAUAUGACCAAAAUACGCAUCAUAUGCAAGAGUCUUGGUAAAAGAAUGUAGAAUACUGGUGUCAUCUGUCAUCUAACAAAUCUGUUCCUCUGGAAUAACCAGUAAAAACACAAACUAACAAUAGUAGUGUUAACAGUGAUGAGGACUGUAUAAUGUGUCUGAAAUGUGUCCUAAAUGAUGUCAAAUUAAACAUGUAAAGAGUUGCUUUGAAUCUCUGACAGGUUUCAGUCACUAAAAAUCAGUUCCCUGAACUGAUUCUUGAGACGAAUUCUCAAAUGUUUAAAGAUCUUUUAGUCGUUAAAGUCAGUCUAUCAUCUGAAUUGUGUAGCUUAUUCAUAAGUUUAGUGAAUCCUGAUGUGUGAGAUGGCUUCAGCCUUCACCAGUGACUCAUUAUUUUGUUGCUGUAUUAGCACUUGAAUACUUUCAGUUUUUAUUAUUUAUUCUAACUUAAAGACAAACAAAUUAAAGAUUUUAAAUUUAGUCUAGAAUAUAUGUUGAUGUCCUACACAGUCUCCAAAACAUGUAGAAGUGGUCUUCUCUAAUGCAGCCAUGAGGAAUCUGUGGUCCAUUGAACACUAAUUCUUUUAUUCAGAACAUACUGCUCAUGAGUGUACAUGGAUGUUAUCCCUGUAAUAGUUUGAAGAAAAGACUAAACUCAACAACAAAUGUUUUUGAUGCCCAUAUUUAAAAUAAGUUACGAACAAUUCAUCAAUUAGAGUCUUUUCUGUACAUUUGUUUUCUUAACACCUCUUUUAAAGGGUAAAAUUGACAAAAUGCAGAGCAGUGACUCCUCCUGGAGUCAACACAAUAGUUCACUUCUUUAGUUUUGUAGAGGCUUGAUUUUAAGAAGAAAUUUGAUUCCCUUUCCCCUGCACCACCCUGCACCUGUCUAUUUUCUAAUAUUUAUCAAGUUGAAGUGAUUUUAUCAGGUUGUGCUUAUGUGUUAUAUUGUGAACAUGUAAACUGUAUCAACAAAAACUGAUCAGGGUCCCUGGUUUCACAAUAUGUAUUUACAGAUUCA